CCAAGGUUUUGCCUUCGUGGGUCCCGGCUGCCUUCCAACCGUUGAUAAUAAUCUCAAAUCCACAUAAUGGGUGGUGGAGCGCGUUACCCGUAUCCAAAGCAAGUAUGGUCACCAGCAGGUGGCUGGUGGUCGCGACCCGCCAGCUGGAAGACUAACACUGCUAUCACGUUUGCGGGUAUACUCGCUGUUGCAUAUGGCGUUUGGACCGUGAGCGCGGAGCGGGAGGUGCGGCAAAUCAAACCAGAUCGACCAAUACCCUCUAUGAUGUGGGCGAAGCAGUUUAGAGAACAGGAAGUUAAGGAGACUACUUGAUGUGCUGUUAUUCUAAUAAGACGUUUGCCUUCCAACGCGAUAUGGCUUUGGCAACUUCCCUACUUGGGGAAAACAGAACCCCGACAGGGAUUGAGAACCUGGACCCUGACAUUGGCGGGCGAUUGUAAUAAUGCAUAGUAGCCGGUCUUGGUCCCCACUGACGCGUGUACCGAUCAUCGUGCAUCUUUGCAACUCCACAAGUACUGUAACAAACUCCUAACUAGCUUC